AAUCCGAGAGCCCAGUGGCAGGAUCCGUCCCGUCAGGUGCCCUCGUACCCCCCAGCGGGUACCUGAGCAGCACCUGGCCCUUGACCCCCGGCCUCCUGUAUCCUUACUCCUCCUCGCUCAUGAGAUCCUACGCCUCCGCCGCCACGCUGGGAUCCCUGUGGAACUCGGCGUCGCUCAGCUCACACACCAAACACUACUCGGCCGGCCCGAUGCCCCUGUCUCCCGAGAAGCGCGAGGAGCCCCUGAACCUGUCCCUGAAGAGCUCGCGGCCCACCAAGGCGGCCAUCUGGUCCCCCGCGUCGGCGCUCGAGCAAGAGGAGAAGGAGGAGUCGCUGCCGUCGCCCACAGGUCGCCUCAGCCCGAUGGAUUCGAGCGACUGCGAGGCGCCGCACGCCCUACACGACGACGCCUGCAGGGACCCCCGCGCGCCACCCCUCGACCCCCUCAGCCUUCGCCUGGGCCUCCGUCAGUACGCCGACUUUGUGGUCAACCUGCAGGGCCUGGCAACGCGCGACAAAGAGACAGAAGCCCCCGUGCCCCCGCGGGACGAGGGUAUCUCGCCGUCGUGGUGCCCCUCCGUGUGGCCGUGGGCGUCCGUGUACCGCGGCGCCGACGUCUACUCCUGCCGCCACUGCGCCAAGUCCUUCAACUCUCCGCUUAGCCUCGAUGUCCACGUCAAGAGGACCCACUCGGCCGCCGCGCACCACAAGGCCGCCGGAGGAGACCUGUCCGACAGUGAGAAGAUCCUGCCGCCGCCGCCCAGCCUCAUCCCGAUCUCCAGCGCCAGGACCGAGAAGACCUUCCAGUGCAAGCAGUGUGGAAAGUGCUUCAAGAGAUCAUCCACGCUCUCCACCCACCUCCUCAUCCACUCUGACACCCGCCCAUACCCGUGCCAGUACUGCGGAAAGCGGUUCCACCAGAAGUCGGAUAUGAAGAAACACACGUAUAUCCACACUGGCGAGAAGCCCCACAAGUGCGUGGUGUGCGGCAAGGCCUUCAGCCAGUCGUCCAACCUCAUCACGCACAUGCGGAAGCACACCGGCUACAAGCCCUUCGCCUGCGGACUCUGCGACAAGGCCUUCCAGCGCAAGGUGGACCUCCGGCGCCACCGAGAAUCCGUCCACCCGAACUGCGAGCACAUUCCGCCUCCGCCGCCGCAGCCCUUCCCCACGCACAACAACCACGAGGCCAACAACAAUAACAACAACGAUAACAGCAGCGACAACAACAACGACACGACGGCCACCAACAACAAUCCCUCGUCGGAGCUGGACGCCUCGGCGACCAGCGAAACGGUCCUGGGCACGCAGAUAUAGGCCUCGAGGCGGGAGGCGGGGUUGCGCGUCCCUCAGUGAUGGUCCAAGGAAGAGCCUUUCCCCAACCCCACCAGCGUAGCCGUCGCGAGCCGAGAGUGGAGUGGGAGGAAGUGUAUAUAGAGAUAUUUAUAUACAUGAAGAUGUCUAGUACUAUCACGCUAAUGUAUUCUGACAGUGUACUUAAGUGUUGACCCCAGCAGUGCCCGGUGGUGGAGAUCGUACCGCUGUACCACAGUAUUGCUCAAGGGCACAGUACACGGUUUUCGCACUCGGUGUGGGUGUUACACCUUUUAUACACAGGUGUGUGUAGUGUAUGUACAUUGGUGUGUACAGAGCUGGGGCCCCCGGCGUCGCCAGAGACAUGCCGAAGGAACUGUGGCAUUCGACGUCGGCGGGCACUGUAGCUAAGGAGAAAGAAUGUAUAUUCAUUUCGUUUUUAAUUUCUUGUUGAGUUGGAUCUUUUCGAACCGUCUCGAAACUCUAGAAUCUCCGUCGGAGACUUGACAAGUUUCUUGCCUGAGUCGGGAUACGCGUUAUACUUAAUGAUCCGCUACCCGGUCUCGUCUCCAGAUCACGACGAUGAGGCGUCGCCCUCAUUGCUGCCUCGGGCGACGGCCUGGGCGCGGACCGGGACAGUCUCGUAGUCAUUCGCGAGGUACAAACCCUUCAGUAUUAGAUAGAAAAAGAAAGCGAGAGGACCGCACCGAAGUGUGAGCUCUUCCUCCUCGAACCGGGCGUCUGAGGGAGAGACGCAAGAAACACCACUGGACCCCUCGGGACGGCGCCGCCUUUGGAGCAGCGUUCACUGGCCUCGAGGGGUUCUCUCCGGGCACGCCGGCGCCCCUGCCUCCUGAGGCUGAAAGGACGUCUACGUCCAACAGACCUCCUUCACAUUUGGCCGAAUCAACGCGCGUCCUCGCACACAGUCGCUGGAGGCAGGAAGACCCACCGCGCUGCCUCAGCUUGUGGAAGAACCAGGAGGAAGAAGGAGCACUGAAGGAGCCCCUUCUGAAUCCCGAACCACCAGUGGCCCAGAAAGGAACUGCCGGCUGCUGCCAGAAAGAGACGGACUGCAGUCGGCGACACAAUCCGACCGCAGACGAGGACCGCAGCGCCGGUUAAACUGCAAAUAAUAUAUGGCCGCAGCGCAGGUGUUAGACGCAGGGCCAGUGGUGUGACUUGCGUGGUAGUUCCUCGUCACACAGUUAGGGACUAGUCAGUUAGCAUCGAACCAAAGUAAGUUGUAAGUCAGCCCUAUUUAACAUGGUGAACUAAUGACAGUGAAUUGUAUUAAUUAGGUUUAUUAUUUUUUUCUCUUUCUCUUUCUUUUUUGUGAUUAUGAUGAUUAUCAUUUCUUUGCGUUUUUUUCUUUAGUAGAGCCGAGUAAAGUGUCAAGAAAUCAGCUAUUUAAAUUUGUCAAAUAACUUGACUUUUGAAGGAGGUGCAAGUAAGAAUAACUGGAGUAUUCACUCCUGGAGAGAGACCUUUUGUAAUGAGCGACACUGUACAUUGAACAGUAUAAAUUAUACUUAAGGAAAUAAAAUGUUAUCGCCGCACCUUUCCAGUCCGUCCACAAAUGAUUCAUAAGUGUUUAGAAAUGCCUUAUCUAUUAUAUAUAUAUAUAUAAAAAAUCAUGACUAUAGGCUUAUAUUUGCCAUCCGCGUUGUUAUCGUAAUCACGGUUAAUAGUACUAUAUUUUGUAUAUACAUGCACGGAGACGUCGUAACUGAGCGUUCACGCUGUGCCUUCAUGAUAAAUCGUAGCCGUCUACGUCAGUGCCUUCAACUACGGGACACAGUGCCACACGAGCCGCCCUCCGCGCCGCAGCCCCCUUUUACCCCCCCCCCCCCGUCACUCUUCAACCCAGCUUGUUACCUAACCCCCUAAUCAGUCCCUCCCAUCACCCCCCCCCCCCAACACGGGAACUGGCGACGGCGUGUGUGCGGAGUAGAAGCGAGUGUCUGAAGCCGUACCAUGCUCCUUUGGUCGGAAAAUCCUGGAAGUUCGUUUUUGUUCUGUGGCCCCGAUUUAUUUUUCUGUGUUCCUUUUUUAUUCGAAUAUCUUUUAGUAUGUAUAUCUAUCGCCCCUUUCUUUAAGUUUUAUUAAGAACGUGGAAUUGUAAGUUGCAGAAAGGAGUUAAGUGAAUCAUCGUCGAAAUGAAGUUACUGUGGAUGUUGUGUUGAUGUGAACCCCCUCCCCUCCUCCCGCUCCUCAUUCCCGUCCCCUCCCGCACUCCCUCCCUCACGAUGCCAAACAGUGCCAGGCCAGGGAGGUCACGGGGGAGGGGAGGGAAAGCGAGGAGGAGAAGGAGGCGAGGGGCGUUAAAUUCGUGAUCGCCAGGGUUUCCUAUAUGUUGCAAAGCUUAUGCAAAAUGAAAAAAAAAGAAAGUGAAAGCUGACCAAUCUUGAUACACAAGCGACUUUGUUUCCCAACGAAGAGCACUUCAGCUUACGCUCACUUCACCUAUCGCAGCCUGUAUCGAGCUUCGCCUCUCGAGCUCCUCCGCCCUUCCGGCAGAGGAGAGCGACACGAAAAGCAAAAGGCUUUGGCCCGAGAGAACCGACCAAGCAGCCUCGGAGUCGCUGGUCAGAUAGGAAGCACUGAGUCGGACGCGAACCAUGUACAGCGAGGAAUUUCUUGUAUUUUUGGCUCAUGUGUUGUAAAUACUGAUGUUUACUUUUAUUUCUUUUUUGUACAAUGCCAAAGAGAUAGUAAUUGUCUACCUUCCUCUCUGCUUCUACCAGUCGCUGGCCUCAAGCACCCCCUGUUUGGCGAGGCAGCGCGAACUCUGUAUGAUAAAAAAUCAAAUGCGGGAGAUUAUGGUGUCCUUUUAUUGUCGUUACCGUCGUAUGUAUUUGCCUGACGCUUGUUCUCUGCAAUGUCAGUCCCCUUGUCCCGUCUCUCUUUUUUCUGUUUUUCUUCUUCCUCCCCCUUCUUCUUCUUCUUCUUCCUCCUCCUCCUUCUCCUCCUCGUGCUCCCUCUAAUCUUCCUCCUCCUCAUUUUCUUCUACCUCUAUUUCUGUUCCCUCCUCCUUCGCCUCCAAAUCUCUCGAGCGGUGCAUAUGACGAUCUCAUGGUCUCAUCCCCCCUCCCCCUCCCCCCUUACCCUCCAAAGGUGAAAUGGACGAAGUUGCCUUUGUGUGUGUACAUAUACUGUGUAUGAAUGCCUUAGGAACCCUGUAUCAGCUAGUGUUACCAAAGACGCUUCACCAGCAGAGAGUGCCGGGGAAAACGAGGCGGGGGCGAACUGGAAAAAAAAAUAAAUAAAUAAAUCCACGAAUGAGAUAUUGUUAAAAGAAUUCGUAAUCAUUCCUCCCUCACCCUCUCUUUCUCUCUCCACAAAACGAGAAGAAAAUAGCCUUCAGUAUCCUCUUCGGACUUUUCUGCCCCAGACCAAGUGAUGGAAGGUAAUAGUCACGACUCUGCUUCCCUCUUUCUUCAUAUAUAACGAGUUUGUUGGUAUGAAUUUUCGCAAAAAUUAGGCGAAGAAUCCUACUCAAAACUCCAACUUGUUUCGACUCUCCUCCCCCUCCUUACCCCCCCCCCCUCCCUUUCUCCCUGGCACUAGUCGACAGAGAAGGAUAAGGCCGAUGAUAUACUUAUAUUUCAGAUUUAGUCACCCACUGUAUAAUUAUAAGUAAAUAAAAUAAAUCUUCUCAUGUUUCUAGAAA